AUGGAAGAGGAUAGUCGGGAAGAUGCAUCUGUGUCCAAUCCCAACGACAGCGGUUGGGCAGAGUCCGUAGAUCCAGCCUACAACCGCGUCGUCUACUACGCGAGCCUGCGCGGGGCUCUGCCGCAGCCGGCACCGAAGAGAGCGAGAUCAUCCUCGGCAGAAGAAGAAGACGGCAGAGCGGCCAGAGGGGCUGGUCGCGGCAGAGGAGGAGAAGCAGCGAGGAGGCCACCGCCACCCAAUUUCUUCUUUGCCGCGCGAAUCGACGAUGAGGAUGUCGUGGACAACGCGAAGACGCUGCAGCAGCACCUCAUGGACGAAGAGGCCCGGCUGUGGCCCACGACCUACGCCACCACCAAUCCCAGCACUCAAUCGAACGAUGGUGCGCAGAAAGAUGAAGAUCAGGACCGAGUAGCCACAAGCACCACUGCCAGCAGUGGUGCCGGAGACAAUAGCAAGAGGGGGCUGGGGCGCUACAUGAUCGACGUGCGCAACAAGCUGCACGUCACCCUGUUCGUGGUGUGCGCCCCCACGCCCGACCUCGUCGCACGCACCCAGGCUCUCUGCACCGCGUGGGCUGCCGACCUUCGUUCCCGCCCUGCGGCCGACAUCUCCUCUUUUGAGAUGAAGGUGGAGAGUGUUCGUUGCUUCAACAAAGGCCGAGGACAGUUUGUGCUGUGGGCCGGCAUCCAGGACCCUGCCCCACUCGAACGGCUUGCUCGCGAUUUGCACAGCUGGUUUGUGCAGCACGAGCCGUCCCUGCUUCAGUCGAUCAAGUGGACGCCCUUCACACCGCACGCCACCCUCCUCAAGGUGCGCAGCUUCGGCCGGGGCCAAGGAGGCAGCGGCGGCCACGGCAGCUCACCGGGAGCCCGCGUCCUCCGCAUCCUACGCCCGCCGCAGCCCGUCGUCGAGCCGACUACGACACCGCAGCAGCGCCCAGAGCAGGAGCAAGACUGUGUCGAAGGCGAAGUCAUCAUCUACCAGGGAAGGCCACACCAAGACAACGACAGCAGCGCGAGCAACGACAGCAACGACAACAAUGCGAGCAAGGCGAACGCAAGCGGCGGCGAAAGGGCGAACAGAGGAAGAGGCAGGGGGAGAGGCGGAUGGCAGGGUGGCGCAGGGAGGGGAGGCGGAGGUCGGAAGAGGAGUGACCACGAGGUGCUGGACGAGGGACGCCGCUUCGGUCGCCAGGUGGUGGAGAGCAUCGAGCUGCUGGCCAUGCAGGGCUGCGAGGCCGUCGACGAGCGCGGCCGAGGCGGCUAUCCCGUGUACGGGCGUAUCUUUCUCAACUCCUCCCGAAGCGAAUACCUGGAUCGAGCGUGGGCGCCCCCGCAGCUGCGGGCAGCGAGAGGCGAAGAGGUGGUCGUCGCUGACGAGGAGGAGAAGGAAGAAGAGCCGGCCGUGUAG